AUGUCGCAACACGUCCCGGGCAGCCUGCCAGUGCGCGCAUGUCUCUGUAUAUUGUUCCAUCCGAUAUCGGGUAGAACCGUGUGCCACCAGAAGAAUAUGCUACUGCAAUGCACUGCGCUCUUUCUGUAUCCUCAUAUUGCGCUACUUGCCGCUGCAAAGAUAUUCUAUCUGGGACUAAUCAUGGAGCGCUCCGAUGUCUCAACCGAACUCUCUUCGCUUCUCUCCCCCCACUCAUGA